AUGAGAUCAUUAUCUUGUUGUGGAAAGAAAUAGCCUAAGACCUAUUAGGAAACUAGAUAGCAGUUGGAGAAAAAGUACAAUAAAGUCUGGCGAUUCAAGGAAGAUGAGCUUUUCGAAUUCACUAAGAGAUUUCAAUCGCAAGCAGUAAACCAUAAACUCUCGCAUAAGAACUACAGAGAGUCUCUAGGAAUCAUAGGCAUAGAAUCGCUUUCGUUUAUGUGUGAUCGAAUGUUCCAUGUAAUGGAUAAGGAUAAAGAUGGCUUUAUUACAUUGGAGGAGUAUCUGAAUUACACUGAUGUCUUGCUUUACGGUACUGAAGAGGACAAACUAAAGUAAAGUUUUGAGCUUCUAGACGAGGGCAAUUACGGAUAAAUCACAUUCAAUUAAUUUAGAAAGAUAGUUGGUUCCUUUGCAUAGAUGUGGUCAGCUGCUCUGGGAUAGCCAACACCAAUCAAUCCUCGUUUCAUUGCCAAGAUAUUUUAGACGCUCUCUGAAGGUAAAGAGUACUUUGAUCUGGAAGAAGCUAUGAAAGAUCAUCCUGAUAUGCUAUUCUGGUUCUCAAAACCAGAAGAGGCAAUGAAUAAAAGACUCAAUGAUCAUCUGGGGAAGUAGGCAUAAAAGGAAUAGAAGCUUAGAGAAAAAAUUGAAACUCUUAAAGAUAAGUUUAUUGUCUAUCAGAAGUCAAUUCAAGUCAAAUUAUAGCAAGUUAUUGAUAUUAUCGGAGGUGUUGUAACUCCACAGGCUAGCAAGGAUAUAUCAUUUAUGUCAUCCAUUGAGGGCAUUGAUAAGACCAACAUUAAUUUCAUUUAGAAAGCAAGACUAAAGAAGAUGCCAGUAGGGAAUGAUUUGUUUAUGAAUCUAUCUCACAAGGAUAAGGACAUUGAGUUUCCAAAUGAUGUGUUCAAUAGUAAAUCGCCAAAAUCUCAGAGAAUUAAAAUGACUAAAGGCCUAAGAAAGGUCAAGACAAAAAUUUUAACUAACAAAAAUCAGACUAGUAGCUUGAUGAACACCAAUAAAUUCAAUCAUACCAAGGGUUAAAGAUCAUUUGGCCAGUUGUUAGUUCAAAACAACCAAAGAAAUUUCGAUGUGAUAGAAGAGGAGUCGCCUAAGAUGAUAGCAGGCGAAGACGUACUGGAUAGCUCCAUAGGUGUGAGUGAACCAAAUACUCAUUAAAAGAAGAGAUAGAUGUAUUUUGGCUAAGAUAAGUCACCUUUAAGUUUAAGAAAUCAAUAGACAUUCGUUAAAAAGAAAUCUCUGCCCACUAGCUUUGAUAGAAAGAAAUAUGAAAGUCAUCCAGAAAAAGAUCCACGUUUGAUUCCCUAGGUUAAUAGGCUGUCCGACAUUGAGGAUAGGCAGUUUGUUUUCCCAAAUCAUCUAGGAGAAGAUAAUGAUGAAAAGAAUGAGUCAUCUAUCUUUGAAAGAGACUCCCAGUCCAAUCUAAAACUUUAAUAUGGGGAGUCAGAGGAAAGUAAAACAGAUGCAGCUAAAAAACAUCAGAAUAACCAGAGACAAAAUCAAAACAAUGCUCAGCAUGCUAAUACUGAAUAUAAUUUGUCCAGUCGCCUGCAUAAUAUUCAAAACAAUCCACCAAGCAAUUUGAACAUUAAUCAGUUUUAAAAUACACAGACUUAGCCUAACUAUCAUAGCUAGGGUUCAAAUAUGCAAUUUAACAGAACAAUAAAUGAACACGAUAUUGAACUUAACUUCUCUAAGUUUGAUGAAACAAGAUCUCUAGGAAUUGGUAUUGAAGCUCUGAAGGAUAUUCAUCUGCAGUCUAAUCCCCACUACCCUGGCCAGAUAUUCUUUGUGGAGUCCCCGCUUCAACUUGAGCUUAUCUAGUCCUAGAUGCUUUAUAAUGAAGAUGAUGAUAACUCUGACUCAGAUUCUUCUGACUCAUCUUCUAAUAGCAGCAACUCAGACUUAAUAGGGCCUAGCGAGAAUGAGAGAUUUGAAGAGAACUUCAAUCUAGGUAAAAUGGAUAAAAACGAGAGAGCACUUAUCUAAAAAAUUCAAUAAAUGCAGAAGUAUCUAGAUGGCCCCUAGAACUAGAUGAGACGACCAACUUUAAGCGAACUCAAUAACAUUACUAACAGAUCAAAACAUACAACCAGACUUCCAGCGAUUAAUCAUCAGCAGACUACUGCUCAUCACGAUAAGAUUACCUAACAAUAAACACUUCCAUAGAUCUAGUUAAAUCACAAUUUAACUCAGAGGACAGAUGCCAACAAGAGGGGCUUCAACUCAUCAAUAUAAGAGUUUAAAUCAAGCAUAUCAACAAAUCGUAACUUAGUUACCAUAAGACAGAAGGCAACAGUAGCUUGCUAGACUGAAUACAUUGCUCCAGCAGCGGCAGCUUAGCUAAACAACAGAUUGUCAGUGAAUACUAACAACAAUCAGUAGCUUAGUUUAAGUGCUCAUAAAAACCAAGAGUCAAUGAUGACAUUUGCUGUUAAUCAGCCAGGUCUCAAUCUACUCUCUGACUAAACAAAGCAUGAAUCUAUGCUAGCAGGUCCAGUAGUAGAAGGUGAUAAGGGUGAAAUUAUGCCAGAAUUAAUAGUAGAUGACGAGAUGUGUUUCUCCAUCAGAGACAAGGCUACUGGCUCGCCUCAAGUUUACGAUAAGAUAAAUUUCAGACUUAACCAAGGGUAGAAAAUGCUGCACAGCUUGAUAAAAUUUAUCAAUGAGCAAUAGGAAUUGUUUGUGAGUAACUUCCUAUCGAUGCUAAUUGUAGAGUAAAAUGAGGACAACAUGAAUUUCUCUGCUACACUGUAGAAUCAGAUCAGCUAAAACAUCCCUAAGACUUUGAUAAAGAAGAGGAACAGGAUAUUGAAGCCUAAUAAGUCUCAAGAGCGUUCAAAUAUUCCAGACAAUGUAAAGAUGAUCCAUCCUGCCCACGAGAACUUCAAUCUUGUAUUCAACAUCAUGCUUGGUAUUAAGAAAGCUAUUGACUCCACUCUCGAUAUACCACUGCUAGAACCCACUGAAAUAGACUUCAAGAUCAGAUGUAAGCAUGAGCUCGCUCCAUUUAGAACAUCGCAGAAGGACAACAUUAAAGCCUGCACCUUUUACGACUAUGCGCCACAGAUCUUUGCCAACAUCAGGAAGACUUGCUGCAUCAAGAAAGCUUAGUACUCCAACUCACUUGGACCUGAGCAUAUUCUCGGCUAUAUGUUUAAUGCUAAAUUCCAAACACUGGCAGAGUUGUGUUCAAGUGGAAAGAGUGGUUCAUUCUUUUACUACACAGCAGACGGCAAGUUCGUGCUCAAGACCAUCUCUAGGACAGAGUUCAAGUUCCUCAAGAGGAUUCUGAAGGAGUAUCACAACUAUCUCACUCUCGAAAAUAAUGAGUCUAUUAUCAGUAAGGUGUUUGGACUGCACAAGGUCAUUUUCUACAGAAAGAAACACAAUAAACCAAAGAAAGUGUAUUUUACAAUUAUGAGCAAUGUGUUCAACACUCAUAAGAAAAUAGACAGAAGAUUUGAUCUCAAGGGUUCCACCCAGGGUCGUCAGACUAUCAAGCCUAAUGACCCAAUUCAAAAUGGAGACCCCACUAUUGCUCUGAAGGAUCUAGACUUCCUGCGAAUUAAGGAGAAAUUCAAGUUGGAGGGAAGCAUUAAGAAGCGGAUGAUGGAGACGAUCAAGAAAGACGCCAUGUUCUUUGCCAAGAACGACAUCAUAGACUACUCUCUGCUGGUGGGCAUUCACUACAAGAGCAAGCACUCUCCUACUAAUGGCAGCAGACUCAACAGCGAGCAGUCAGACUUCUCAGCUCCUAUGCACAGUACCUAGAAUGUCCAUGUCAAUCAGAUGUACUACUCUUCCUAUGACAGGUUCUCAAACGCGUCCUUGGUCAAUCAGCCACCUUUGUACGAGAUGUGCGAGCAGGGCAUCACUAGCAUUGAGAAGUCGUGUGUUUACUUUAUCGGUAUUAUUGAUAUCCUCACUGAGUAUAAAGCAUGCGCUUAAGAGCAUCAAGUACAAUAGCAAUCAAAUCAGUUGCGUGCCGCCGCAGCAGUAUGCCAACAGAUUCCUCGCCUUUAUAAACGACGCUUUCUAAUGAACUCAAAACUUAUAUUUUUAAUGGAGAAUAUCAACAAUCUAGGCUAGAUCCAGCCAAAGAACGAAAACAAUACCAAGCAUGCGAGAAAAGAGAGUUUUAACAACGAAGCCUCGGAUUCGUAUUCUAAGUUUGAUCUGCAGGAAAAAGAAGGUCCACUCUAUAGAGUAAUUAAACAAUUUUACUUAACUUAUCAAAAGCCUGAAUUCAACAAUGAUCUCAGAUAAGAUGAUAAAAAUUAGAAGAUAUGGGGACUCAUGGGAUAGUAUCUGGGCAGAGAUAUGUCAUCUAUUCAGAAAUCUAUAGUCGGGCACGUAGAAUACACUUUAGCUAUGACUAGAUUUAAUUUCUCUAAUUUCGGAUGUUCUUAAGCUGUAGCAUACUCAUUGAGAGACAGAAUGAUAGAGUGUUUCAACGAUACCAAUCAGUACUAUCUGUAUAUAUUUGGGCGCAUGAUGCAGAGUAAUUUACUCAAUAAUGACUUGGAACCAAAAUACAGGGAAGCACUCCAAGAUAUUGGAUAUGAUUUACAUGAACUUUACGAGGAGGAAAUCGAUAUAAAUCUAGGAUAUGGAGUAUUGGGCAGGAUUGCUGCUGAUUCAGUUGAUUCCUUAUGUUCAAAGAAUAUUCCUUGCUGGGCAUAUGGGCUUAGAUACGAUUAUGGAAUUUUUAGACAGGAUGUGGUUGAUUUUGAAUAAGUAGAGAGACCUGACUACUGGCUAGAAAAGGGAAAUCCUUGGGAAAUUGAGAGACCAGAUAUGGUAUAUAAAGUUAGAAUGUAUGGGAAGGUAAGGAAGGAGAAGCUAUAAGACCCAGUGACUAAAUUGACUAAUGAAAAAGCCUACUGGGAAGGCGGCGAUGUAUAUCUUUCCUCUGCCUAUGAUAUGCCAGUAACAGGAUAUAACACAUUUAAUACAAACAAUCUUAGACUUUGGAGAUCCAGACCAUAUGAUGAAUACGAGGAAUCUAUGUAUGAAGAUGAUCAAGAUUAUUACAAGUCUGUUGAGAAAUUGUAAGAAUCAGAGUAUAUAUCAUCAAUAUUCUAUCCAAAUGAUAAGGUUUAAGGAGGUAAAGAGCUGAGAUUAAAGCAGCAAUACUUUUACGUUGCCUCUACACUAUAGGACAUCUUUAGACGUUUCACUAAGGUCAGUUCACAUAAAUUUGAAUAGUUUGAACUCAAAAAUGCAAUCUAUUUACAUGAAACUCAUUCAGCUAUUGCUAUGCUUGAGAUGCUUAGACUUCUAAUAGAUGAGUAUAAUGUGUCUUGGAUUGAUGCAUGGAACACCACACAUAGAACAUUUAGUUGUGGUUUUUACAAUAUCAAAGAAAGUCAGAUGGAGAAGUGGCCUGUGGACAUGUUCAGUAGACUGCUGCCUAGACAUAUGGAACUGAUCUAUAUGAUUAAUCAUUUGUUCUUGGAGAAGGUCAGGAAAUUCUUCCCUUAGCAUGAACACCAAGAAAGAAUGCGCAGAAUGUCCUUGAUUGAAGAAAAUAAUCCAAAGCAAAUCAGGAUGGCUAAUCUCUGUCUAGUGAUUUGCAACAAGAUUGUUUUAUGCAGUGAGCUUCAGUUUCAUAUUCUGACGACCACAGUAUUUAAAGACUUCUAUGAAUUCCUGCCUAAAUCAUUUGAACUUAUUGAAAACGGGGCUAAUCCUCGUAGAUGGAUUCACAAUUGCAACAGAUCCCUUUCAAAGUUGAUCACUGAAGAAAUAGAUGACGAAUCUGAAUGGCUUAUGAAUCUGAAUUUACUUGCCCCUUUCGCAGGCUACACAGAGGAUUUGGAAUUCUUCAAUAAAUUCUUGAAUGUCAGAGCUGAAAAUAAAAUGAGAUUGCUAAACUGGAUCAAGAAAAAGUCACAGUUUGAUGAUUUCAUUCUGAAACUUAAACAAGAAAAUGUCAAGAAUAUCCUAUUUGACUUCAUGGUUAAAAGAGUUGAUGAGAACAAAAGACAGCUUAUGUACCUGCUUUACAUAGUGCACAGAUACUGCUAGAUCAAGCAAAUGAAAGAUAAAUCGAAUUUAGUUGCUAGGUUCCAUUUCAUAGGAGGAAAGACUGCCAUCGGUAAUACUAGGUCUAAAUCAAUAGUGAAGCUAAUUAACCAAGUUGCAUUCAAGAUUAACUCAGAUCCAGAGACUAAACAUUUAUUGAGGAUAAUCUUCAUCCCGAACUACAAUGCAUCGAAAGAACAUCUUGUUGUACCAGCAGCAGAUUUCAACCAGCAAAUCAGUUUACCAGGAGAAGAGGCUUGCACGACUAUAUCUGAGAAAUUCUUAUUAAAUGGGGCAUUAAUCUUAGGAUCAAAAGACUCAACAAAUACGACAGUAAUGAAGCAUAUUGGUGAAGAGAACAUUACUCUGUUCGGAUCUAAUUAUGAAGAGUCUCUGAAAUUAGUAAAGAAAUCCACUAAUCAAUAGAGGAAGGAACUAAUUUGUCAAGAGUUCAGAGACACUGUAUAUAAGAUAGUCAAUAAUGAAUUUGGUGAAUGUGAUCAGCUUAUCAGAGAACUUUUAGAGAGUAUCUGUGAGGGCAAUGACCCACACCUAGUAGGCGUUGAUUUCAAAUCAUAUAUCAAUGCGCAAAUAGAAGUUGAUAGAGUCUACUAAGACAAGAGAGAAUUCUGCAAGAGAACUAUGAUUACUAUGUCACAGCUGGGCAAUCUCUCAGUGGACACCUCAAUUCAAAAGUUCUGUGAUAAAGUUUGGAAGAUCAGUCCAGUCGAUGUUCCUAAACCCUCCUAAACUGCUAAUAAUAGAGUAGUUAGCUCAACUAAUCUCCUUGCUGGAAUAAGGAGCCAAGAUGAUUUAAAUCAAAGUAAGGCAAGUAUGGAUGAUCUAAGCAAUAACAGUGAUAAUAUUGAAAAUGGAGACCAUAAGAUAUGA